UUAGAAGUUUAUGAUAACGCAACGCAGCGCAGCGCAGCGCAACUUGCAGUGUUUGACCGAGGAGACUAAGUAACGAACGAUGGCGAAGACGAGGAAGAGAGAGUAAUAAUAAUAAUUAAAACUGGGGAGGGUGGGGCCAGCGACAGACAAGACUCUCUUCCUUCCGGUUCCAUCCUCAACACCAACUGUCUCUCUUUAUCCAUCGCCCUUCCCGCUUUCCACGAACCUUCUCCUAAGUCCUAUCUCUCUCUCUCUCUCACACACACACAAUCACAAUCUCUUCUCUUCAUUCUUCGCAAUCUCACGCUCUUUCUCUCUGCUUCGUUACUUCCUUUCCGGAGUAGGCUGUGAGAUUUUAAGGUGCAUGAAGAAGCUAUUCAGUGUCCUGUGACGUUUGCACUACACUGAUUCAUUGAAUUCUACCUUGCUUUUGAACUAGGACGUUCAGUCAUGAAUUUUCAGCAAGACAAAUUUGUUAGAUUUCGGGAUUGGAAUUCAGACAAGGGUUCUGAGAGCAACUCUCCUGCAAUUCAUGUAGCACGCUCAGGGAGAAUUAGGAAUACACUAUGGUCAGUUUCCGAGAAGUUUCAAAGGGGUUUGGAAUCUAGUUCAGAGGGGAUAAAGAGAUUUAGAAAAUCAUUCAAAUCUCUUCCGUAUAAUAGAGUUCUUUCUGGAAGUUUUAGUUCCAGAAAGAAAAUCCUUGAUCCACAAGGUCCUUUCCUUCAAAAGUGGAAUAAGAUAUUUGUAUUAUCAUGUCUUAUUGCUGUAUCCCUCGAUCCUUUGUUUUUCUAUGUUCCUGUGAUUGAUGAUAACAAGAAAUGUCUUUCACUGGACAGAAAAAUGGAAAUUACAGCAACUGUUUUAAGAUCUUUCUCUGACAUUUUUUAUAUAAUCCAUAUAAUUUUCCAAUUUCGUACUGGAUUCAUUGCUCCCUCUUCUCGAGUAUUUGGAAGAGGUGUUUUGGUUGAAGAUGCUUGGGCAAUAGCAAUGAGGUAUCUGUCAUCAUACUUCUUAAUCGACAUUCUUGCCGUUCUUCCCCUCCCACAGGUGGCAAUUCUAAUUAUCAUUCCAAAGUUGAGAGGCUCUGAAUCACUGAAUACGAAGACCUUGCUGAAAUUUAUCGUCUUCUUCCAAUAUAUCCCACGGUUUUUACGAAUAAUUCCAUUAUAUAAAGAAGUUACUAGAACCUCUGGCAUUCUCACCGAAACAGCUUGGGCUGGAGCUGCAUUCAAUCUCUUUCUUUACAUGCUAGCAAGUCAUGUUAUUGGUGCCUUUUGGUACUUGUUUUCUAUAGAAAGAGAAACCACAUGCUGGCAACAUGCAUGUCGAAGAAAUAGCACAUGUAAUACAGCAGAAAUGUAUUGUGAUAAUCAUCGAGGUGUGGGCACAAUUUCAGGAUUCCUGAAUGCUUCUUGCCCAAUACAGGAUCAAAAUACAACACUGUUUAAUUUUGGAAUAUUUCUUGAUGCCCUUCAAUCUGGAGUUGUGGAGUCAAGAGAUUUCCCACAGAAGUUCUUCUAUUGUUUUUGGUGGGGCCUAAGAAAUUUGAGUUCUCUUGGUCAGAACCUUGCAACGAGUACCUAUGUUUGGGAAAUCUGCUUUGCAAUUUUCAUCUCAAUUGCUGGUUUGGUAUUAUUUGCAUUCCUCAUCGGAAAUAUGCAGACAUAUUUGCAGUCAACGACUACCAGAUUAGAGGAAAUGAGGGUGAAAAGGAGAGACGCAGAACAAUGGAUGUCUCAUCGAUUACUCCCUGACAGUCUGAGAGAAAGAAUCAGACGACAUGAGCAGUACAAAUGGCAAGAAACCAGAGGUGUUGAUGAAGACAAUUUAAUUAGAGAUCUUCCCAAGGACUUAAGAAGGGAUAUUAAGCGGCAUCUUUGUUUGGCUUUGCUGAUGAGGGUGCCAAUGUUUGAGAAAAUGGAUGAGCAACUUUUGGAUGCAAUGUGUGACCGACUCCAGCCAGUGUUAUACACAGAAGAAAGCUGCAUUGUCCGGGAAGGUGAUCCUGUUGACGAGAUGCUCUUCAUCAUGCGAGGCAAGCUAUUGACCGUGACCACCAAUGGUGGAAGAACAGGCUUCUUCAACUCUGAAUACCUCAAGGCUGGUGACUUCUGUGGAGAGGAACUUCUCACAUGGGCAUUAGAUCCUCACUCCACAUCCAACCUUCCCAUAUCAACUAGGACUGUCCAAACUCUUUCAGAAGUGGAAGCAUUUGCUCUAAAAGCCGAUGACUUGAAGUUUGUCGCAUCUCAGUUCCGUCGCCUUCAUAGCAAGCAGCUUCGCCACACUUUCCGGUUCUAUUCGCAACAAUGGCGAACAUGGGCUGCAUGUUUCAUACAAGCAGCCUGGAGGCGCUAUAGCAAGAAGAAGCUGGAAGAGUCUCUGAGGGAAGAGGAGAAUAGGUUGCAAGAUGCAUUGGCCAAAGCAGGUGGUAGUUCACCCAGUUUAGGUGCCACAAUAUAUGCUUCAAGGUUUGCAGCUAAUGCACUUAGACUUUUACGAAGAAAUAGCACGAGGAAGAGCAGGGUGCCUGAGAGAAUAUCACCCAUGCUGCUGCAGAAGCCUGCUGAGCCUGAUUUUACUUCUGAAGAGCAAUAGUUGUGGAAAUAUUAAUGAUUAUGGAUAGAUGGCCAAAAAUGUCAUUUUGUUUAUUUGUUUUAUUUUGUAAGUUAGUGUAACAUAUAAAGAUCAUGUCUAUAAAAUAUAAACUGAAGUUGUACAUAAAUGUAUGAUUGUUGCUAAAUGCUUUCAUUGGUGAACGUAA